CUUCUUACUGUUUCGGCGCGUCGAGACGAGGCCUUGCACGGUCAGAAUAUUUCGGAUCAAAUAACAGAUGCGUUUCGAACCCAGAUCUUGUCUUCAGAAAGCGCAGACGAAGAAAGUGCCCGAGUGUCGUCGUGGGCGUUGAGAUUAAAUGAUGCGGACGGAGACUUCUUCAUGAGUUGCAGCGGACUGAACGCGUCAGGCAUCGCAAGCUCGCCAUGAAGCCAGUCCGAUAAAGUCGCUAUCUUGGACAACUGUAACCCGAGGAUGCGUUUGACUGUCCCGGCUGACCUUCCAUAACAAACGGCGCUAGUGUUUGGUGUACUACGCGAUUAAAGGGCCAGCAUCAAUCACUCACCGCGUAUUUCGCAUUGUUUACUCUCCUCCACUGAUAAAGCCAACGGCUGGAGCUCAGGGACAGCGCAAUAUGCCUAAUGGCUAUCCCUGUUCUGUCUAGAUCCCCUUCGAAAGCAGGUAGGCCAGUUGAAGGUCCUAAAAUCUCGACUCAACAUGAAGUGUCGCGACCUAUGAGUGCAGGCCGCGGCCAUGUUAGGCAAGUUACACCUGCCCCCAAUGGCCAAGGACAACAACGAGAUGGCAAUCCUACGCUGGAUCCCGUUGGCUCUAGGAGUCACAUUCCAUCGUGUGGAGCUUCGUUAAGCCAUGCUCGUUCGAAAUCGACAGCGGAAACGUUGCUCACCUCGUCAACUCCCGGAGGCAUGACUCAAGGAGCGGGCAAUAUCACUUCGAUGUCGAGACCAAGAUCCAUCCAGCCCACGAGCGCGAUAGGCAAAAGCCAGGCACCGCCGUCAAAGCCCACAAGAAGUCAUUCCACCGCGACUUCAGGGUCACGAAAUCACACCGCGGUUAAAAGUGUGCCAUCGGCCCCCACCUUCAAUGCGUCGAGUGGCAUUCGUUCGACGACGGCUAGAAGCAUCCCCUCAACCUCGAUCGCCACAGCACAUAGCCGAACGCGAUCAAAUGCCUCGAGGCGACCCGGGGUAGAUGACACUGGUCGUCCGGCUGCCUCAGGACGUCAGACUGCCUUUGGAAGGUCCGAAGCAAAGCCCGCGGCGUCUGGAUCAGUCCAUGCUUCAAUUCAUCCAAAAGCAGCUCCAGACGUCGCGCCCACAAUUCGAAAGCCGGCCUUCAACACCUUCAGCCAACACUUCAGCCCUAAGAAGAAUAUUGCCGGCCAAACGAGGACGGCAGCAACAGUAAAGCCCGGAUCAAUAUCGCACCCACCUCCACUUCAGGCCCCACCCUCGUCUGGUCAUGCAUUCCUCUCGGCAAACCCGGCCGAUGGCCUAGGAAGCAAUAUCCGCAUCUGCGAUGAGCUUAUUCAGUUAAACCUGGUUCAUGACAAAGCUGCAUCAAAUUUGCAUGCGUACCGAAGCAGUGUCGACCUACAUAUUCAGUCGGCACGUCGAGAUGUUGAAACUCAGCUUGCCUCUUUGAGUGCGCUCGAACGGGCGGAACAGCAGAAGCUCAACACCUUGACGCUUAGAAAGUGGCUUCGCAGCACCAAGGAUGUCACAAAGGUGGAUGAGGGAAAUACUGCUUUGUCACUAAAAUCAUACCGUGCCAAGGACCAAAAUGGACGCGGAGGCUGGGGCAUCGAUCAGAACAGAUGUAAGAGUGAUAGCCGAUUGCUUGUUCUAGCCCAAAUGACAACCCGGGUGGUCGAAAUCGCGCGGCAGCAUGGAGAGCUCGAUACCCUCAUGUCAGAAUUCGAUCAGUGGUGUCAAUCAACCUUGCCUCAUCUCCCAGGCGGCUGUGACUAUCCCGGUGGGGACAUGGACCCUGCUGUGGCACAUAGUCUGAUCCCUUUGAACCCACAGUGGGCAUCUUUGGUGUCUUCCAUCGAGACCACGGUAAAUGGAUGCAGAGACAGUCUAGGUCACCUGUCCACGAUCGGGUCCGCCAAGGACGAUCAAUCUUGUAUUGUUGCAUUGAUUAGAACGCUAUCGCAAGUCUCUGAGCAAAUUCUUGAAGAGAUCGCGAUGUGCAAGGUCGUGGAGGGCCUGAUUUCGCGGUGUCAGAAGGAUCGGGUCGAUAUGGUCCUUGCAGAUGCUCUCGCAGAAGCUGCCCAGGUUGACAUGGCGCGUGAUGAGUGUGUCAGCACUCCCCACAACCAACCGCGAAAGGGUGUAUGGGAGGACGUGUGACACUAGGGAGCUCGCAAACCACCAAGAGCUAGGGGGUACGAGUAUUUCUAUCCUGUAGGAACGAUCAUCCUUCCUUAGAUCUUGAUGACCAAGUAACAACAGCUUCUUUGCAGGUCCCGGAGUCGCUUCCACAAGAUCUACCUCGACGCGGCUCUCUCCAUACCUACUUUUGGCAAGCAUUUCACAAUUACAUACGACUACUGUAAAUCGAUCAGCAAGACUCCGGAGUCGUCAAUAUGGUCGACAAACUGCAUUUGACGCCUAGUCGGUUUCGACUGAAUGGAAUGCUUGCGAUUGAGAUCGUCGGUCGACACAGAAAGACGAUCACCACCAAUGUCGAAAAUCUGAACCAAUAUGGCUUAGUGAACAUGAGUCACCAAACGCCCUGAUACUCGUAUGUGAUGCACCCUGCCGGAUGACGCGGCGAGACACGCAACCACCGGACAAGUUCCAGACGCAGUAGAGUAGAAUACUAUAUCUAAGCCUACAAGCAGGGCAUUCUUUACCGGCAGAGUUUAACCAUUGUCAACUUAAAAAGAAGUCGCGCCUACAGUAUGCUACUGGACGUCUCACGACAGGGACUGAAUACGACGUACUUCUGUGGUGUGACAGACACAGGGAGAGGGGGUGAGUUUGUCAGCUGGCCAACCUCUACGGACGAGUACGCGUUGUAUGGACACCUUUGCUCACUCAUUGACUCAAGACUGGGCGAAUGGAGCAAAUGCAGUGUCCGUGGCCAGGGGUGAUCACGAGAUCUAUCCAUAUCUCCUCCAGUGACUGGAAAUUACAUUCUUGGUGACCUACGCACCUGAAGAUCUUGCUGUUAUUGUACUCGUAGAGUAGACGAGGGUACUUGCUGUCGGAGACCGAGAAAACCCCCUUGGACAACACAUUGGGCCACCUCGGCUGUCGAAGCGAAGGGAUGGUGCGGUACAAAUAUCCUCCGUGCCCAAGCAUGGAGUACGGAGAUACUGGUACUCGGACCAUAAUAAUACCUUCCUUUUGCUGUACAGUACAGAAGGUCCACGUGGGGCCGUAACCGAACUUUAGCGAGGAGAACGGAGACCUGAUCGACAACCCACAGAACUAACGCUCCCGAGAAGUAUCAUUGUGUCAUGAAGAGGUAGCAGGAGAUCGGGCAGGUUGACCACGACUGGGAGAAGUCGGAAGAUGUGCGGGAGCAUUGCCUGUUGAACGGCGGCUUACUCGGCUUCCUAAGUUCCGGACGACUGAUCAGCUUCGACGGAACAAUGGGCAAGGAAAGAGAUGACAAGUACAGGCUCACUAAGCUUCAUGCGAAACGAGACUCGCGGGCCGAAGCAGGCCAAGGAAGACGUAACCCCUGCACGAUGCAAAGCGUCUGGAGAUCGGGCGAAUGAGAGGGGCAUGCAAUACUUGGGUACUGCAGUAGACUCGCUUUACCGUCGUCCGUAGCUUUGUCACUAGAGGGAUCCCUCGUACCCGUAUUUGGGGAUGGAUCGACUGUGGAUAGACUUUCGUGUCUUGAUAGCUAAGAAUAGGUGAGCCUUUUGAGCAACAGGCAUCAGGUAUCAGAGAUCAGCAAGAAAAUACU